ACAUGCUGCUAAUAGAUAAUAAAUAUGUCUAUGCAAUUUUAUGCUAACAUCCAGGGAAUGACAACGGUUGGAACCAAAGGAGAUAACCAAAGUGCUGAAAUCACUCAAACUGAUCCAAAAUCACAAGAGUCAAGCAGCAGCAUAUCCAAAUCCAAGGAUGAGUGGCUGAAUUUUGUAGAGAAUUAUGUUCACGACACAACAGACAAACCCCAAAUACAAAGGGUUCCAUCACUGCUGCGUGACAUAGAAUCCAACAAAAAAUGUUAUGAACCUCUUCUAGUUUCGAUAGGCCCUUAUCAUCAUGGACAGCCAGGGCUCGAAGAAUUCGAGCAGCUAAAAAUUGCAAUUGCGCAAAAAUUGUGUCAUGACCAUAGUAGUCAUCAAGUAUCCCUCGAACGUUUAUACGAGGAGGUGGCAAAGGUGGGUAAAAGUGCCCGCAAAUGCUAUAAGAAAGGCUCGACUGAAAACUAUGAUGAUAGAUCGUUCAACAAAAUUAUGUUUCUUGAUGCUUGCUUUGUGCUUCAAAUUAUCUUAUUUGUAACUAGAAGAAAUCUAACUGAAGAAGACCUACUGCGGCCUUCGGGUCACCAACUGCUUGUUAUUGUGAGGUAUGACUUGUUCUUGCUAGAGAAUCAAAUUCCUUUACUAGUACUAAAAGUUUUGAUGGAUUCCAUGUUCGAAGAUGAAAUUGGGAGAGAGUUGAUUCAGGAUUUCCUUCAGACGGCCCACAUAAUGUCACCUCAGGAAAAGGAGAAAUUGGAAAUAGAUACGGAAGCACCUCACCUUCUAUAUCUAUUUCGGGAACGGCUCAUCUGGUCAUCUCCUGAAGACAAAAACGAGAAGAAAUGUUUCAAACGCCUUCUACAUCUACUUCGGGAAUGGCUCAUCGGAUCAUCUCCUGAAGACAAAAACAAGCUCAUCGAGCCAUCUCCUGAAGACAAAAACGAGAAGAAAUGUUUCAAACGCCUUCUACAUCUACUUCCGGAAUGGCUCGUCGAAUCAUCUCCUGAAGACAAAAACAAGGAGAAUUUUGUCGAAUGGUAUUCGUAUCGUUCAGUAACGGAGCUUAAAUCAGCAGGAAUUCAUUUCAGACCAAGUCACACUGACCCUUUUACUGAUGUAAAGUUCAAAUCUCAUCUUAUUUCUGGUACUCUUACACUUAGUCCAAUCGUGGUGGAAGAUUCAACAAAAUCUUUAUCAAACUUGGCGGCUUAUGAAACGUCUCUCAAUGGCCCUUAUGAUUAUCGCAUUAUGUCAUACAUUUGCCUGAUGGAUUCACUCAUUGAUCAUGUCGAUGAUGUUAAAGAGCUCCGGAAAAGAAAAAUUCUUCUCAACAAUUUAGGCAGUGACGAAGAAUUGGCACGACUCUUUAAUGAGAUAUCUAAUAAUUUGGCAUUUGAUGGUGAUGUAUAUGGAGAUGUUCGGACGCAGAUUGAGAAACAUUGCCAGAGUAAAGCACAAGUCUGGAUGGCUGAAUGGAUACACGACCAUUUUAGAAGUCAUUGGGCUUUCUUGGCUUUUAUGGGUGCAAUGUUCAUCAUUGCCCUUACUACGGUACAGACGUAUUUUGCCGUUUUUCCUCACUACAAGACUUCCUAAAUCAAUGAUCUCCAUACAAGCUCUGUA